CAGCAGGGGGCGGAGCUGGCUCUCAGACCUGCGUCUGUGCGCGUGCGUGCGUUCAUGUGUGGGUAUGCGCGCUGCGAGCCGUCUGAUACCGUCUUGUCCGUAGUAAAGGAUCACAGAGGGACGAUCAGAGAGAGAGAGAGAAAGAGAGAGAAAGAGAGAGAGAGAGAGGGGAGGGGGAGCGGUGCGGCAGAGUCAUCGGAGGAGCCUGGCGGGGGAUGUUGGCAAAGAGCUCCCGGUGAGGCUGGUCACACUCGCGGCCACGAUGCAGUGACUGUCUACAAGAAGAAGACACGCGCCGUGGGAGUGGAGCAGCACGCGAAUGCGCACAGACGAUGCUGCGCCGGCUGUAGACCAUGGCACCGUCGGGUCCGCGGAGCAUCAAGCGCGGCUGUCAGAGAGUUCUCUACUGGAUCCCGGUGCUGUUCAUCGCUCUGAUAGUGGCGUGGUCCUACUACGCCUAUGUCCUGCAGCUUUGCAUAGAAUCCAUCGAGGACACGGGAGAAAAGGUCGUCUACCUGCUGGCAUACCAUGCCAUUUUCAUCAUGUUCGUGUGGGCGUACUGGCAGACCAUCUUCACCAGGCCCAUGAACCCCCUGAAGGAGUUUCAUCUGUCCCAGUCUGACAAGGAGCUGCUGGAGCGUGAAGAUCGCGGCGAGUCCCAGCAGGAGAUCCUGAGGAGAAUAGCCAAGGAUCUGCCCAUCUACACCCGCACCAACUCUGGAGCAAUCCGUUUCUGUGACCGCUGCCAGCUGCUGAAGCCUGAUCGAUGUCACCAUUGUUCAGUGUGUGAUAAAUGCAUCCUGAAGAUGGAUCACCACUGCCCCUGGGUAAACAACUGCGUGGGAUUCUCCAACUACAAGUUCUUCAUGCUGUUCCUGGCCUACUCUCUGCUUUACUGCCUUUUUAUAACUGCAACAGAUCUCCAGUACUUCAUCAAGUUCUGGACCGCUGGAGGUAGAGCGCAUUUCCGUCUGAAAGAGUACCUGAAAGGCCUCCCGGACACUCAGGCAAAGUUCCACAUCCUGUUCCUCUUCUUCUCUGCCUCCAUGUUCUCCGUCAGCCUGGCUUCCCUUUUCAUUUAUCACUGCUGGCUCGUCUGCAAGAACAGAUCCACCCUAGAGGCAGUGCGGGCGCCGGUGUUUCGUCACGGCACGGACAAGAACGGCUUCAGCCUCGGCUUCACCAAGAACUUCCUGCAGGUGUUUGGCGACGAGGCCAAGUACUGGCCCGUUCCCAUUUUCUCCAGUUUAGGUGAUGGGUGCUCAUUCCCAACCUGCCUGGUGAAUCUGGACCCUGAGCAGCCCUCAUCGCCCUCUGGAUCCAGCUCUGCCAGCAAGAGGUUGUUUUUGUGUCUCUGCAGUGUAGCGGAGGGCCGCCAGUUCCCGUCUAAACCGCUCAGAGAGAGUCAGAGUCGACUGCUCACCAGCACCCCCUCCUGGUCAGAGAACGAAGGUGCAGGACAAAAGGACAAGAAGGGUGCCAGCAACCCAGUGAUGACCAUUGAGAACGAGGCGUAACAGUGAUUACAGCUGGCAAUUUCAGACCAGAAAUGUCUAUGCUGCCCUCCUCCGUGUUUGUGCCUAUCAGAACCUGGCGUGGUGGCCCGACGUCCCUGUCGUCCUGCAACCUGCAAGUCUAACAAGACUCGACCGGCAAGCAGCCCACAGAAACCACGGUUUCUCUCCCGAGUUAUCCCGGCUGUUGCCGUGUGAGAGUCAAGCA